AUGCUAGCGGCGUGUAAGACACUAGCAAGCCUGGUAACAAAAAGUACCAACGCGGCCCGCGGCGGCAGCGUCGCCACCGUGCGACGACUCCAUGAACUCGGGGCUCCCUGCGCCGUCGGGUGCGAGAUCGAGACGAAAUGGUAUGAUCCGCGCACCUGGCUCAGCGACGUGUACGAGGGCGACGGGAGUUUGUGUCCCCUCCGCGUCGCGGCCGAUGCGGGCCACGCCGACGUCGUCGCGUUCCUCGCCGAGCUGCUGCCCGACGUCGACCCGGCCACCGGCAAGCGCCAGACGAAAGAGCUCUAG